AUGAAUCAUUUAUUUUCAAAAAAUUUUGAAAAGAAAAUGAUUAAUUUAGGGGAAAAAUUUUUUAAUAAAACAGGAAAAUAUGCAUUAACUUAUAGAAUUUUUGAAAUAUCAAAAAAUAUUACAAUAUUACCAGAUAAUAAAUAUAUAUUAAAUAAAUAUAUUAAUGAUAGAAAAGCUUUUGAAUUUCAUCAUUAUAUGUCAGCACAUAAAAUACCUUUAUUAAAUGAAUGGCUUUUAUAUCCAGAAAGUAAUUUAGAAACUGGAUAUCAAUUUAUAACAAAUCUUUCAAAUUCUCAAUGGGAACCUCAGUUUGUUUCAUUAACAGAUAUCCCGUAUCAUGAUGAAACAUUUUUUUAUCCAAUUAGAGAUAACACUGUAUUAAGGUGGGAAAUGUGUUAUCAGAAGUAUCAAUUUGUUAUUGCUCAUGAUGUAUUUAUGUUUCAUUAUGGUAUUAAAACAUAUCAUGAAUCUUUAUCUAUUAAACUAGCAAAAGAUAAUAUCUUUCCAUUAGCUUUCAAGGCAAUGAAUAAUUUUGAAAAAAAGAUGAAAAAAAGAUAUUCAAAAAAUAUUAAUUGCCCAAAACCAGAUAAAUACGGUUUUGGACCUGGUUUAAAAAUACAAAAUUAUCUAAGUUAUCCAAAAAUUUUUGGAUAUUAA